GCGCCGUGCGGCGUCCUCUCGGCGAGCCCCUGCGGCGCCGCCUCGGGCUCUGCGGGGCCUGCGGGCUUCGGGGAUCUGCCGACCCGGUCGAUCUUCUCCGUGUCCGUGGACAACCAAUCCGCGGGGAUCAAGGCGGUGGCCUCUCUGGGCGUCCCCUUGGUCCGGGGUGCUCCGCACACCCUGCAGCUCAUCGUGAAACGCGUGCUGUUUUACAAGGCCCGGCGCGACGACGACUUCUGGAACGCCAUCGAGAAGUGCCGGGGCAUUCCCAAGCAUUUCCAGCACACCCUCCGCCCUGGCAUUAG